AUGGCACUGAACACAACUGUCCCAGUAAAUGUGGGUGUGAUCCUCGACUCUAAUUCAAUAUUUGGGAGGAUAGGGUUAAGCUGCAUCAACAUGGCCCUCUCAGACUUGUAUGCCUCUCAUACUAACUACAAGACUAGGUUGGUCUUACACACAAGGGACUCUAAGGGAGAUAUUGUUGUUGAAGCUGCUGAAGCUCUAGACUUGAUAAAGAAAGCAGAAGUUCAAGCCAUCAUCAUAGGACCAGAAUCAUCGAUGCAAGCGCAAUUCGUAAUGAAUCUUGGAAAUAAAUCCCAGGUGCCCAUUAUCUCGUUUUCAACAACAAGCCCUUCCCUUGCUUCUUUUCCGAGUCCAUAUUUUUUCCGAGUUGCACAGAAUGAUUCCGACCAAGUGAAAGCCAUUAGUGCCAUCAUCCAAAGCUUUGGAUGGAGUGAAGUGGUACCCAUUUGUGUCAAUAAUGAAUUUGGGGAUGGAAUAAUACCUUACCUGGAAAAUGCCUUGCAAGAGGUAGAUGCUAGUAUACCUUACUGGUGUGUCAUUCCUCCUCUGGCCACUGAUGACCAAAUUGUUGUGAAGCUUCAACAGUUGAUGGUGAUGAAACCAAGAGUAUUCAUAGUACACAUGUUACCCUCUCUUGGCUCUCGAUUUUUUGCGAAGCCGAAUGAGAUGGGCAUGAUGGGUAAAGAUUUUGUUUGGAUAAUGACAGACAGGAUGGCAAACUUCUUUAGUACCUUAAAUUCUUCUGUCACACAUAACAUGCAGGGUGUGUUGGGUGUGAAAACUUACAUUCCAAACAGACAAGAGCUUGAAAAUUUCAGACUGAGAUGGCAAAUGAAAUUCCAGAUGGAUUACCCAACAAUUCUAAAUGUGCAGUUGGAUGUUUAUGGAUUGUGGGCUUAUGAUGCUCUUUGGGCAUUGGCCAUGGCAGUCGAAAAGGUUGACUUCAGCUCCGAAAGAUUAGUAGCCUCCCAAAGUGGUCCUAGACUUGUACAAGCACUAUCAAGUAUAGAAUUUAGAGGUCUUUCAGGAAACUUCAGUCUCCUUUAUGGGGAACUACAUGCUUCAAAUUUUCAGAUAGUUAACGUAAACGGUAAUGCAGAAAGAGGGAUUGGAUAUUGGACAGCUGAAAAGGGACUUGUAAGAGACAAUUCUACAAGCAGCAGGAGACGUUUUUCUAAGAAUGCCGGUAUUCUUGGGCCAAUUAUUUGGCCGGGAGAUACCAUCACUAUUCCAAAGGGUCGGGUGAAUAUUCCUGAACAUCGAAUGAUGAGAAUUUUAGUUCCAGUGAAUCAUGGGUUUGAAACCUUUGCACACGUAUCAGAUGGUCCUAGCGGUACUGUGGUGACAGGAUAUUGCAUUGACGUCUUUCAAACAAUCAUAAAACGAUUACCAUAUUCUUUUGCCUACGAAUUUAUUCCUUUGAAGUGUUCUAAAGGUGUGUCAGCUGGCAGCUACGAUGAUAUGAUAGAUCAGAUUUUUCUUGGGAACUAUGAUGCUGCAGUGGGAGAUAUAUCUCGGAGGGCAAACAGGUCCUUGUUUGUUGACUUUACAUUGCCAUUCACAGAAACUGGUGUAUCAAUGGUCAUGCCUAUCACUGACAACAGAACUAGUAAAAAUACAUGGGUGUUCUUUCAGCCUUUUACCGUGAAUUUGUGGAUAACAAUAAGUUGCUUUUUCAUUUUUAUUGGCUUUGUCGUUUGGGUUCUUGAGCAUCGUGUAAAAGACUUUCGCGGGCCUCCACAUCGCCAAAUUGGGACAAGUUUAUGGUUCUCCUUUCAAACUCUGGUUUUCGGACACCGGGACCAAGUAUUGAGCAACUUAGGUAGGUCUGUGGUGAUCAUAUGGUGUUUUGUCAUCCUCAUACUGACUCAAAGUUAUACUGCCAUACUGUCAUCAGUGUUAACAGUUAAAGAGCUCCAACCAAUUGAUGUAAAUUUUCUCCUGAAGAAUGGAAGAAUUGUCGGCUAUCAGCAAGGCUCAUUUGUUUAUGGAAUUUUGUUAGAAGUUGGAUUUAAUCAGGAAAAGCUUAGGAGCUAUGAUUCCACAGAAAUGCUGCAUGAACUUUUUAGUAGAGGGAGUAUAUCUGCUGCCUUUGAUGAAACCCCUUAUAUGAAGCUUUUUCUUUCAACUUAUUGCUCCGAAUAUACCAUUAGUGUGCCAACAUUAUUUAAAGUCGACAGUGGUUUUGGCUUCGUCUUUCCGAAAGGUUCACAUUUUACACGUGAUGUGUCAACAGUGAUUUCUGAUAAGUGUGAGCAAAUAACAAUAAGAAGUAUCGAGGACAAGUGGCUUGGGAAACAAGCAACUUGUAUGAUCCCCAACACCACUGGCUCUUCUAAUCGUCUGACUCUUAGCACUGAUAGCUUCGCAGGCCUCUUCUUGGUUGCUUGGCUUUCUUCAUCAACAGCUCUCCUCAUAUUUGCAGCUAUGUUCCUCUACCAGCAUUGGCAUAUUUUGAUACGCUCUGAUCCAAACCUCUCAUUUUGGAGCAGAAUUUGUGUCCUACUUCAAAUCUUUUACCACGGGAAGUGUUUGGUUUUCAUUUUUCAAAGAACUGACGAAGAUCUGUGUUUUACUGAAAUGAAAUUUACCAUUGUUCGACUCCAUUUCUCGUUGUCAAACUCCUGCCGCAAAAGCUCAGACAUUCAAACUGGGCAAUUGGGCAUGCAAUUCUGGGUUAACUCCGUUCCUUUCACAAUGGGUUUCUCGAUUUUGGGUCAGAAUGAUUCAGUAGAGGUUGAGAGGAUUAGGGGUCUUAACUUUUCAGGCUCGGCUGGUAUCCCCAAGCAUUGCACUCGGCAAUCUGGACCCAAUUCAGGUGAGCAAUUUCAUUUAGUGAGUGCUGUUUUGUUUAGCUAG